AUGUCAGACACCAAAGACCAGCAGCAUCACCUCGAGGCUGAGCGGCGCGUGAGCCAGGGCGACUCGGUCGCGACGGACGUCACGGCCGUGAUUACAGAAAAGGACAAGGAGAAGGCGACCUCGCCAGCCGCCACUGCCACCUCGCCCAAGCCGCACCACCACGUCGACGUGCCGCUCUCCGAUCCGCCGUAUGUCGGGCCGUUCGGCGGCGCCAGCCCAGAGGGCUACGACGCCGAGCUGGGCCUCUCGCCCGCGCGCAGCCGCGCCGAGGCGCAGGAGAACCAGGUGCUCGAGCAGAAGAUUGAGGACGGCGAGGACCCCUGGGUCGUGACGUUUGACGAGGGCGACAAGCGUAACCCAAAGAACUGGUCGUCCGCACGCAAGUGGUACAUCACGAUCCUGACCUCUGGCCUCGUCUUCAACUCGUCCUUUGCGUCCUCGGCGCCCUCGGGUAUCACGCAGGACGUCAAGGCCUACUUCCGCAUCUCGAACGAGGUCGCCGUGCUGUGCAUCUCGCUCUUUGUCGCCGGGUACAUCCUCGGCCCGAUCCUCUGGGGCCCCCUGAGCGAGGUGUAUGGCCGGCGGAUCAUCUUCAUCAUCAGCUUUGUCUUCUACACUGGCUUCCAGGUGGGGUGUGCGCUGUCGCGCAACACGGCCUCUAUCCUCGUCUUCCGCUUCCUUGGUGGCACGUUCGCCGCGGCGCCGCUGACCAACUCGGGCGCAUGCCUCGCCGACAUCUACCACCCCGCUGACCGCGGCCCCGCGAUGGGCCUGUUCGCCGUCGCGCCUUUCGCUGGCCCGUCGAUCGCGCCCAUCGUCAGCGGCCUCAUCCAGACUACGCACACCAACUGGCGCUGGCUGUACUGGGUCCUCACGAUCUUCGCCGGCGCAUGCCUCGCGCUCAUCGUCUUCACGCUCCCCGAGACGUACCCGCCCACGAUCCUCGUCCGGAUCGCAAAGCAGAAGCGCAAGGAGACGGGCGACGACAGGUGGUACGCGCCGCUUGAGCGCCGCCCCGCGCAGUCGUGGGCCAAGCGCGUCAACGACAUCCUCCUCAAGCCGUUUGUCAUUCUUGCCCUCGAGCCCAUGCUCAUGGCAAUCACAAUCUACAUGAGCUUCAUCUACGGCAUCAUCUACCUGCUGUUCGAGGCCUUCCCGUUCGUCUUCAUCAAGAACCACCACUUCAAUGCCGCGACCAACGGCGUCGCCUUCCUCGGCUUCUUCAUGGGCGGCAACGUUGCCGCUGUCAUCUACAUCCUCUUCACGGACCGCCACUACCGCAAGUAUGUAAAGUCUAUCGCCCCGGAAAAGCCAGCGCCAGAAGUCCGCCUCCUCGCUUCCCGCCUCACGUCCGUCGUCCUCGCCAUCUCCAUGUUCUGGUUCGCGUGGACUUCGUACCCGUCCGUCCACUGGAUCUCGCCCGUCCUCGCUACCGCGCUGCUCGGCUUCUCUGUCCAGACAAUCUUUGUCGGCCUAUUCAACUACAUUAUCGACUCGUACCUCUGGGUCGCGGCAAGUGCCCUCGCAGGCGCCACCGUCGUGCGUGCCUCCUUUGGUGCUGGCUUCCCCCUCUUCGCGUCCCAGAUGUACGACAAGCUCGGGACCCAGUGGGCGUCGUGUCUCCUCGCCUUCCUUGCCCUCGCCAUGGCACCCAUCCCGUUCGUGCUCAUCAAGUACGGCCCGGCCCUGCGCGCCAGGUCCAAGUUCUCCCCCACGUAG